AUGAGAAAAUCCUUACUACUGUUCUUGAUAAUUCUCUGUUACACAAAUUGUUCCAUAUUCUCUAAAUAUGGAGACAAAGACUCUAAUUUCCAGGUAAGCAAGGAUUAUCUGGAGUUUUAUCACAAAAAGAGCGAGGUUGCGUUCACAAAGCUAUCCCUUGAACCUUGGAAUAACCAUCAUCAUUUCGGGUACACUAACCUUACUCUGACAGGAACUUUAUGAGCAGCUGGAAGUGCUGCUGAUUUCAUGUAUAACUGUCUGGAUUCCCCACAGAAGUCUGCUAACAAUACCUUUUGGUUAUUAUAACCAAGGAAAGAUACCUUUCACCGUGAGGCUACGGUCUCUCCAACUUUGAGGUAGCAAAUGCUCCAUUAAAGGCAAAGGUCUUGCUCAUUGAUAAAAAUAUUCUUGAGUUGGGCACACAUAGUUUCGAUCAGUUCCUCAAGGAAUCUGUAAACAUGAACAGGAAGGAGGGCACCUUGGUUUUCUUGAUAAAUCUUGACACAAGUAUCGAUGCUCAAAAAGCCGCUUUAUUUCAGAACAACAGCGAAGUAACUGCUGUGCUGCACCACUUUAGAAGCUACAAUUGCCAAGAGUUUAAAAUCUUCGAAUACUUCUUUCUCGCAAUAAUGGCUGGGUAUACCUCGAUCAUGGUGUAUUGGAUGUUAACAUCUCUCAGAAGCCAGUCAGGGUUCCAUAGAAUCCUCUUAAUUCUUCCCUUAGUUAAGCUAAUAGAGACAGGAUCACUACAUUUCUUCAUCACUGAGUGCCCAUGGACCAACAAAGCAUUGUACAUUUAUAUAACUUUGUUGAGAUCAUGAGCAGUAUAUUCCUUUGAAGUGAUUUUCCUUGUAAUCAGUCUGUCCAUUUCCUGAGGAAUGGGUUAUGCUAGGAACAGCUUUCCUAAGGAGAAGCUCCCAGGCUAUUUAUCCCUCAUAUUACUGCUCUAUGGCAUCACAUUGCUCUCUGACUUAUUCUACCGCUUACCGUUCUACCUGAUAUUCUUGACGUUCUACAUCAAGAUUGUCCAAAGGAAUCUUCAUGAAGUGGAGAAUCAGCUUCAAAUUGUCCAGUCAGUUGUGAGAAGGAGCUUAAUCAAAGAGAGACUGAGGCUAGUAGCUUGACUAAAGUUUGUCUUGCCUAUGUAUUAUAUCUUCAAAAAGUUUAUAUACCUGCUGGACCUGUCUAUUCAGGAUACUUCAUACGGGAAUAUUACGAGCUUUUUGUACGAAAUUGGGAUUCUGACAUACCUAUUCUUGUUUGUUAUGAUCCUAGCCCCCAAGAGUGGGGAGCCACAAUGGGAGACUCUUGAUGUAGAUACCUUAUCUCUCCAAGUUAUACAGUACUAUAAGGACUUUUAAGCUUGACUCUAAAUUCUCCAAGUGAAUAAUAGAUAUCCGCAAGUUGUUCAAGAUACAUAAGAGUAGGCAUCUGCCUUCUUACCAGUCAACAUUUGCAAGGGUCUCCCUUGGAUACCAAAGAUAUAUGAAGAAACAGCAAAGCUGGAGGAGGAACCACCCUAUUGUAAUCAUGAACCCAGAGGAUCAGCUCUGAGAGCCCUCUACUAAAGUUAACGUCUAUAAGAGACUGAGCUUAGGCACAGAGGUAGCCUUACAGAGAGCCAAUAAGCAGGGCCAAAAGUAGCAAU